UUUCCCUUUUCUUUGCCAAAAUGGUGUCAUCAUCUUCGCCGUUGUGGAGUCAGCUGGCCGCUAUCAGCCAGAAGCUGCACGAGGCAUCGCCCACUGCUCAUCCUGACGUUCUGAUGCCACUGAUGCGAGACCUGGCCUCCAUCCUCUCAAGUGCGGGCAGUGAAGACGAGAAAUCCGAAGAGCUGAAGAAGGCGCUGGUCAGUCUUGCCGAGAACGGUACAGCGCUCCACAAGCCGCUGCUCGCCAUCCUACAAGUACAACGGCAGCACCACCUGAAAUGCAGUCAGUGCUGUGAUCUGAUGUGCUGUGCUUCGUGCUAUUUUGCCAGGAUGCCACCAGCCGCGACUGCCGCGAGUUUGCCGUCAUCUUGUUCGCAAGAGUGAUGGGAGCCUGCUUCCCCUUCUCAUUCGAUUCGGAUGUCGUUGAGCAGCUCCUCGCAGCCCUGCAGCAGAUCCUGCCAGACGAGCAAGCCAAGACCGAUCUGGAUGAGGCCAUCUAUCGCAUCCUUUCUGACCUGAUCUCGAUGCCGAAAGACGACGGCUCGACAGACUACCGCGACGCCAUCGUGUCGAAGCACGAAGCCUUCCUGCUGCGUGCCGAGACCCUCGUACGCCACUCGCCGGGCUUCCCCGCUGCCGGGCUCUUCCUCCUGGCAUUCUACGAGCCCGGCAAGCCUCGCUCCUGCCCCGUCGGCACGUGGGUGCGCUACAUGGGACUGGCGAUCGACAUCGCCAUGGAUGGAGGGGACGACGUCAAGCAGGCCGUGGUGGAGUCCGCCCACGAUGGCGUCGGACAUGACAUUGAAGAAGCCGUCAAAAAGGGUACGUCAAGGUGGUCGCAUGGCUGGGGGAUGGUCGCAUACGUCAAUGCGCGUGUGGUCAGGUCGUGACGAGGAGGUUUUUGCUGCGAUUGGGGAGCAUCUGGUGCCGCGUGUGGGUCGCCUCGUCGAGAUCAUGACGACCAGCAACGACGACAACAUCAAGCGGGCCGCGAUGAACGUGAUCGGGUGCGUGUUCCGCUUUGCCCACAUCUCUUACAUCGAACACUACACCAACAUCUACAGAGCCCGCACCCUUCGGGGCCGCGUUGCUCAGGGUCAGUCUCUCUGCAUUCGGAACAACAAAUGAAUGUGAUCGAUCGCCUUUCUGAUGCGGCUGCCUGUGUUUUUCUUCAGUGUUGCGUGAGCCGAGCCGUGUGCUGGUGUCAGAUCCGCGGGCCCUCAGUACCAUGGCCGCACUGCUCGGCACGGCAGCCAGUAGCGUCGUGGACACCUUAGAGUUGACACCAGGGCAAGAGGUUACAUACCACAUCGCCAAUCCCCUGUUUGUCUUCAUACACCUGACGGGUACACAGAUGAUCUCAUUUCACACACGAAAGGAAAUAAUAAAGAUGGAUCUGCGCGUGUUCGACCUUCAGAUAUUCGCUUCCACGACAACGUCAAGGUGCAUGUGGACGCCCUGAUCGAGGGCGGCUGGGUGCCUGCCAUCUUGAACUCAUCCGCGACGAUCGGCUGCUCGAGAUGGAGGCCUUCGCGAAGGGCGUCCUCAUGAGCUGCCUCUAUGCCGUCUAUAGGGCAUGCCGCGCUGUCGAAAAGGUCAGUAAAACGAAGCCACUCAGCCGACUCAGUAACGCCCCUCUCUCUCUCUCUCUCUCUGUGUGUGUGUGUGUGUGUGUGCAGGUUUUGUGCGACAAGUCAGAGGUGUCGGUGGUGGGGGCCUGCUGUGAGCUGCUGGCCAAGCAUGCCCGCGGCGAGAUCGACAUGAUCAAGGAGGGCGACAUGGGUCACCUGCAGAGGGGCAUGAACGACCUGGGCCCGACCAUCAUGGACAUACCGGCAUCAGCAUCAUUGCCGGGCCUCACGCUCAUGGCUGGUAAUGACUUAUCUACCAUGAUGCCCCCACCAUCCCUGCGGCCGAGUAUCCUCACCAUCAUAUCACUCAUCAUUGACUUCGUCGCGUAAGGACACACACACACACACACACGCACAUGAAGCGGAAGGUGGUGCUUUGUGUGCGUGUGGGCGCGUUUGUCUAGGUGCGAUUACCGUCCGGAAGAGUCUGGGGACCCGGCCGCUAAUGAGUUCCGUCAGCACGUCCUCGACGUACGCCCAUGGACACACGGAACGGACAGACACAACGUGCGCGUGUCUGUGUUGUUGUGUGUCUUGGUUGGCCAGCUGCCGUCUGUCAGGGAGCUCCGGGCCAUCCCGCGUGACGCUAACAAGCUACCCAAGGAGGUUGGUACAAUGAAGCGCUCCACGAGCACAGGUAGCUCUUCUGCUGUGCACUCUGCUGCAGGUGAUGGACCGCUUCGAUCUGCUCGCCGACAACCCCGACAAGUUCUGCUCGGAGCGUCACACGCUGCGCAUCCUUGAGAUGUCGUCUUUGGGCCUCACGACCUGAUGGCAGACUCUUCAUCAGGCACAUGGUCUUCUUCGAGAGCGGGAUCUUACUUUAAUUCGAUGCAGGUUGACACACGUACGUGUAAUGAACCGCCCAUCUAUGUGUAUAUAUGUCUGAUCGCAAUGCAUCACCACACCAACCAGACAGACAAACAGACAGACAGACAGACAGGCGCGCCAACAGCAGUGUCACACACGUCUACUCGUUUUUCGUGUUGGUUCUGUGCGGUUUUGUACGUAUGCGACUG